AUGGAGAAGUACACACUGGGCCCUGUUAUUGGGGAAGGCCAAUUUGGCAGUGUGCGCAUGGCCACGGUCAAAGCAACUGGGCAGACGGUUGCUGUGAAGCUGCUACACGUGCCCCGGCUUACGGAAGGGAUUCCGCAUCCGGUGGCGCGGGAGCUUCUCAUUGCCUCUCGUCUUGACUCGCCGUUUCUCGUAAAGACAAUCGAGAUUACACCGUAUGGGUCCCACAUGGCUGUCGUCAUGGAGCGCUGUGUGGAAGACUUGGCAUGUGUCUUGCGCAAGUGCAGACCGACUCACCCGCUUCCGCUGCUGUUGACGCAGUCCUAUCUGCGGAUGCUUCUUACUGCGCUACACUCAAUGCACGCUAGCGGUAUUCUACACCGCGAUGUAAAGCCCUCAAAUUGCUUUGUCGCUGCGGACGGGUGCCUCAAGCUCGGCGACUUUGGUCUCAGUCGCCCACUAGGGUCGGACAUGUCGCACGAGGUGGUCUCGCGCUGGUACCGUGCACCAGAGCUGCUUUUUGGCCAUCGACGUUACGGGUACGAGGUGGAUGUGUGGGCGGCCGGGUGCGUCUUUGCCGAGCUCCUGCGGGGUCACGGACGCCCUCUCUUCACAGGUGAUGGGGAUAUCAGCCAAAUUGCGAAGAUCUUUGACGUAUUCGGCACCCCCACAGGCGCAACGUGUAACUUCUACCGCCAGUUGCCGGACUGGGAGAAGGUGUAUUUCGAAGAAAAGAAGGGAACUGGCCUGCCGGCGCUGCUGCCGUUUGUGCCCUCUGAGGCGCUUGACUUAUUGUCAACAAUGCUCGCUCUAGAUCCGGCGUCUCGGUGCAGCGCGGCGGAGGCGCUCAACCACCCCUUCUUCGGUCUGUCAAACAUCGCACUGCACGCCUGA